CUGACCGGGCAUCUCUGGCUACGGAGGGAUCCGCGGCUGAACUAUAGACUACAUAACAAAUUGUAUACCGUUCUAAAAGGUUUGCAAUUCCGAUAGAUAGUACAUCCUGAGGGGUUCAUCCCAUGAUAUCCUUCAUUUUCACCGUGGAAGACUCUCAACCCGACUGCAAGGCACGAUAUCAGAAACUAAUUUACCCAAGAGCAGGAAUACCUCAAAUUGCGCUCCAGCCUCUGAACCGGCAAGCAUUAGCGACAAAAAAAGAACCAACCCCUGUCAAUUCGAAACACGCGGGGCAGUGUACAUGCAGUAGCGCCAACACACUAACCAUGAACUCUCAUUUCACACGAACGCUCGUGUGGCGCAUGACCCUAUAUAUAUUCUACCUACUGCGGCUGGCGACAAGGGUUUUCGUCCUAAAAGUCCCCAAGGCUGAUAGCGACAUGAUGGCCUGAAAUGGCGACCCCAGGCUGGUUUAGACCGGUGUGAAAGCCACACCCGGGCGGUGCAUGCAUCGAGGCUGCCCUGCUCUAUGGGCGGUUCAUAACCCUGUCAGGGGUCGUGGUACUUUUGAA